UAUACCACAGUUACACACAUCUUAAUGCACCACAAGGGUUUAUUCAGAAGCUUUUUUUAUACUAUUGCAUCCAUGUGUUUUCUCAUUAUGUCUGGGGAGAUUUUUCCGACUGUGAAGCAAAGGGACUUCUGAGAGACUAAACUUUUGCGCGAGGGAUGCUGGAUGCUCCAAGUCCAGUUUUGCACUCGGAAGGAACUUGCUAUACAUGUUACUAUAUUUUUUGGACUAGACUCACAUUCGCGCUGGUAUAUUCGCUUUCUGCAGCUACUUUGAAGGAAUCCAUCUUGCCCUACGCGUUUGUGGUGAUGUCGUUAAACCAUUCAAUUUUGCGCUGAGCAAGUUCUUUGAAUGAAAUUGUUUUGCCUGUAAGUACGUUGAUCGACCAAACCGUAGCCUAUAUAUUAAUCAGUAGAACUUUUGAGUUUAGAGAUUUUUCCCUUUCCUGGCACUUUUCUGGUGUGAAUAAAAGCACUUCGCUCUCUUUACAUAAAAUGACAUAAACCGGUGUUGAGAAAUGGUGUUUUCUUUACCCGUCUAAUGUGUGACAUGAGUGCGGACUCCUCAACUCCCCGAUCCUCUGUACAUAUUUAAACUAAAUAUACGAACCUUGGAGGCUCACGGCGAGUACCUUUGACUCUUUCUAACCUGAGUCGGGACCAAACACACAGCCGCCCAGAUGCAGUUUCGACUCUUCUCCUUUGCGCUCAUCGUGUUGAACUGUAUGGACUACAGCCACUGUCAGACGCAGCAGUCUCACCGCUGGAGAAGAAACAAAAGAGCUAGCUAUGGAGCGUACCCAAUCUGUAAAGGCUGUUCGGUGUGUUCGAAGGACAACGGGUGUAUGAACUGCCAACCAAAGCUGUUCCUGUUUCUACGGAGGGAGAGGAUGAGGCAGUACGGCGAGUGUCUCCACGCCUGUCCGUCAGGUUACUACGGCAUGCGAGGGACAGAGAUUAACAUGUGCUCCAGGUGUAGGAUAGAUGACUGUGAGGCCUGUUUCAGCAAAGACUUCUGCACAAAGUGCAAGCUUGGUUUUUACUUGCACAAGGGUCGUUGCUUCGACAAGUGUCCAGAGGGUUUUGCUCCCCUGGAAGAUAGCAUGGAGUGUGGAGAGGGUUGUGAGGUGGGCCAAUGGAGUGAGUGGGGGACCUGCACUAGAAGAAACAAAACAUGUGGCUUUAAAUGGGGGCUGGAGACCCGCACACGGCACAUUGUGAAAAAGCCUCCAAAGGACACAAUACCAUGUCCCACCAUCGCCGAGUCCAGAAGAUGCAAAAUGGCCAUGCGACAUUGCAGGAGAGGCGGUUCGGGGAAGGGGCAACGAACCAAAGAGCAGAAGAAGAAGUCUAACAAGCAGAGGCUGCGCUUUCAGGCCCAGAACCAGCACAGCGACCACCUGGCCAGCCAGUAAAAUACUUUUUGAUGGAACAAGACCACAAAGCUGCUAACCCAUGCUCUACAAACACCUACCCUGAUGAAAGUACACACUCAAACGGUGUUAUUCACACUCAUGUGGACACACUCCUCUCACACUGUCUCUCCGUGCCUCCUGCUGCUUCCCUCGCCAGUGAGACGUCCCGCGACCCAAGACCCCACUGUGACAUCAUGGAAAACUUUAGCAGCUGUUCAUAUAGCUCGCAUCUCAUCCCAUUUUAGGAGGAAGAAGAGAAUUAAUUGAGCUGGAAGCACAGUAAAGAAACCUGGGUGUGGUGAUCAGAGGUGUAGAAAGAGCACAGCGCUAUGAAAGGAGGUAAAAAACAUGGACAGAAAGGAGAAGAAGAGACUAGUGAGCUAAUACAGAGGAUAAUAAAAUAUUAUAGACUGAUAUAGAUGCCCUGAGAAACAAGAGAGAAAGACUUAUCUGUAUCUAUGUAAAAAUCAUUCCAUUCCCUUCCCUAAAAGGCUGCAUGCAUCAUGUAUAGCCUUUUUGGUCAAAUAGGUAUUUUGUUUUUGAUAGAAAUGUUACAGAAUCCAUGCAUAGUUGCAAAAUUAUUAUUCUCAGCCAAAAUGUUUACGUCCAGACCGCUUUAUGCUUUAACUGUAUAUUGUGGGUAAGAAUCUUAGUUGUUCAACUAGCAUGGCAUAAUAAACUCAUCUGUACAUAGUCGGUGAGUUUAUCUAAUAACGGUAACAUUGAGGAUGAAAAAAAAGCCUUACUGUAUUUUCAGUAUUGACAACUUAAAUGUGUAAGAAAAGGUUUAUAAUACCAGCUACAGUUAAAAGAAUUUAAAAAGAACAAAAAAGCUAAUUAGAAAAGCAUAGCCUCCACAUAGCUAUUAAAUUUAUAUGGUAUCUAAUUGAUUUAUUUAUUGAUUCAUUUUUUAUUAUUAUAAUUUUUAUUUUUGGUGAAAAUGAUGUACCUGAUACUCCGUGCUAAAAUAUUCUUCAAACCACUUAUAAAAAUAUAAAUAUCUCCAACAGUGGAAAUUGAUUGUGUCUGAUUUGCUGGUAAAUGUUCCUCAAUGUGUAAACUUGGUUUAAGCAUCCUAUUUUAGUUUUUUGUUACACAUCCCAUAGCAGCUGAAAUAUAUCAUCAACUGAUUGAUAAUGUGUAUAUUGUGUGCUAUUAAA